AUGUCGUCGUCAACACAACCACCCACUACCCUACAGAUAAUCCCUGCGGCACAACUCGCCUCCCACACCUUCAUUAAACCCACCAAGUGCAUAAACGAGGGCCACCAUGUACCUCACUUCCUCACAUCCAAAGCUUACACAGAUAUCGGCAAAUUCAUCCUCCAGCUGAAUCACUCUCUCUGUCCCCGAAACCAGCCCUCCUCACCUAUUCCACGAACGUUUCCCCUCGUACCAGGCUCCCCAUCAUCCACACCAUCCAUCCUAGCCCUUCAGCAACUGCUCUCUGAUAUUGAGGCCCUCGUGGAACAAGCGCCUCCUGAUCCAGGACCACGACGCUUCGGAAACAUCAGUUUUCGGAAAUGGUACGCACUAGUCGAGGCUCACCUCGAUUCAUUUCUAGAAAAGGGUAUGCUGGGUAAAGCAUUAGCCGUCAAAGGUGCAGAUGGGACCACAGCAAAGGAUGAAGUCAGUGCCUAUUUAAUGGGUGCUUUCGGAAGCGCACAGCGACUUGAUUACGGCACUGGACAUGAGUUGAGCUUUGUUGCGUUUGUGGGAUGUCUCUGGAAGUUGGGCUUCUUCAAGGACGGGAAAGAUGGCGAUAUCGAGAGAGAGAUUGUUUUAAACGUCAUUGAACCUUACCUCCGCGUCAUACGCACUCUCAUCCUAAAAUAUACCCUCGAGCCCGCUGGUUCGCAUGGUGUAUGGGGCCUCGAUGACCACUCCUUCAUCCCCUACAUCCUCGGGUCUGCCCAAUUUACUCGCCCCAUCACCAAUGACACCGACCCCAUGCCUCUAGAGGGAUCCGUCAAAGGCAGUCCUAAACCAGGAGAUGUGACCAAACCCACCGUCGUCGAGGAUCUUCGCCAGUCAAACAUGUACUUUUCCGCCAUUGGAUUCAUCAACGAUGUGAAAAAUGGCCCGUUUUGGGAGCACUCGCCAAUCUUGUUUGAUAUCUCGGGCAUCAGAGAUGGGUGGGGCAAGAUCAACAAGGGCAUGGUUAAAAUGUUCAAUGCCGAAGUCCUGUCAAAGUUUCCGGUGGUGCAGCACUUCCCCUUCGGAUCUCUCUUUUCAUGGGAUACUGAUCCCAGUGCUCCCAUUCCAGCACAAAGUGUUCACAUGACGAACCAGCCCAUGAUGUCUGGGCCGGCGUCAACUGCCGCACCUCCACCGCCGUCUGCUUCUGGAACAGCUGCCCCAUGGGCACAAGCGACCAGGAUGCCGCCGCCUCCCGGACCCGGAAUUCCGUACUCGAGAAUGCCUCCAGGUCCCUCCAGUGGCUCAUUGGCCUCGAGACAAUCCCGAGGUGAAGCUCCCGGUUCAGGGUCUACCGCAGCACAAAUCGCUGUCACAAAGGCACCAUGGGCACGUGAAUGA